AUGUCGGCUGGGACUGGCCCCCAACAUGCGGACCAAGACCCCACCACCCGCGACUUUCCUUUGUCGACAACACACAGCACCGAGACUGAGUCGACAGCAGUCACAUCCAAGCAGUCUCUGACCGACACUAAUGACGACGCAGUCCCUUCAACUGAGAGUCCCAUCGUGCCCGGCGCACUCAAUGCUUCCACGACUACGUCGACAUCAUCCACAUCACAACCCAUGCUCUGCAAUGCGGACGACAAGCCAUUACCCAUCAUUGCAUCCAAUACUGCUUCAGAUGCAUCCCUCGACAAUGUAACGCCCGCUUCGUCGCCGCAGCAGCAUUACCCUCCCUCGCCUGACUCGGAAUUGGCAUCUUCCAUGAUCACCACCAUCAGCCCGGUCCGCAGAUCCGUCUACAAGCGCAAGAUGAGCUCCAACCCAAAGGGUAUUCUCAAACCCGCCCCUCCUCCUCAGAAGGGCUUUUCCUUUCGCAGAGAUAUUCUUCAAAACAUCAACACUCGUCUAGCACAACAGGGCGUCAAUGUCCAGGUGCCAGUACCUCAAGGAAGCACCGCCCAAGCCACCGCUUCUUAUAUUGGCGGCAUGUUCCGCAAGAUCGGCGGUAUUGCUGCCGGUGCUGCUGCCAAUGUGAGCGGCUCUAAUGCCACAGCCGUUGGCGGCCUUCUCUCCAGUGACUCGCCUUCCAAAACCAAUGGCUCUGCUCCGUAUUCUUCGGUCCAAGAUGGCGCCGUUCCGAGCAGAAGCAGCAGCUCCAUCACCUCCUCAACCUUCUCCACCACAUCCACAUCACAGCAGACGGAGUCCGACACCGGUCUAGUGAAAAGCACUGUCGUCUCCUCCACCACCUCGGCUGCGCCACUCAAAAAGGUGCAAUUUCAGGUAUCGCACAUGACCGUCACAUACCCCAUCGCCGGUGCCGGAACGCCCGAAGACGAAGACCUCACACGUCUUCGCAUCGAACGAGAGCAUCGUCGUAUGCUCAAGGCACGUCGUGGCAAGCCAUGGACUCCUGAAGAGCUCGAGGCGCUUUACCGCGAAUGUUGCCGAACGCGUGAAGAGCAUCCGCUCAAAAAGAUGCGCCUCGUCUUUCAAGAGGCUGCUCAAUCGACUCCUCCGGCGCUCAAGACUAUGGAUCUCUCCUUUGUUCCCCUCGAUCGACACGCUGUCGAGCCCAUCGCCGACCUGCUCAGCGUCGACUUUGGUCUCAACAAGCUUGUUCUCGAGAACUGUGCACUCACAGACGAUACCGUCAAGUCCAUACUACACGCUCUGCUCGUCUCUGGCACCUUGCCUAACCUCAGCAUCGCCAGCAACCGCAAGAUUCGAUUCCGUGGUUGGAAGUACGUUGCCAUCUUUAUGCGUCGUGCGCGUGCGCUGCGCUACCUUGACCUGUCCGAGAGCUCGAUCGAUCGCCUGUCGCUCGAGCAUAUCCUUGCUGUCAUCACCAAACCGCCUGCUGCCGUCACGCACGCUCGAGUGCCACAACGCACACUCAAGCAAGCAGCCAAGGCCAAAGCCGACGACAGCAAAGCAAAGGCAGAGGCCGAUGGUGAGGCCGAUGACAACGUCGAUGACGACGGUGAUGGAAGCGACAACGAGUUCUUCGAUGACUCGGGGGAGCCGUUGAUGCCCACUGCUCCGCUCCUGCGUGACGUAUCCGACGACCCUGACCCGCCAUCUUCAGCCAUCAUUUCGCUACGCCUCGAGAACUGUGGCCUCAAAGCUGCGUCCCUCGAAAUGCUCUCGCAAGCAGUGCGAUUUUCUGACAUUCGCCAUCUCUCCUUGCGUCGCAACAAGAUCGGCCAACUCGCAUCGGUUGCAUUGGCUAUCAUGCUCAAGGAUUAUCCGGACAGCAUGUCUGCUUUGGACCCCACUGCUUCUGGCGCAUCGACUCGCCACCCCUACUCGUACUUCGAUUCGGCCGCUCCUGCUCCCUCUGCUUCCAGUGGUGGCACCGGAGCUGCAGCAGACCGCCAUGGGCGGACAUUGCGCGCCAGCGAUGCACAGACGACACCAGAGCAUCAUCCACGAAGCUACUCUCCUGGUCUGCCCGAGGUGCCCGUCAUUGUCUCGAGUCCAGGAGGCGGGGUCACGUCGCGCAGGAUGCCCGGCCAACUCCACGCCAAUGGUGGAGCAGAUCACCGACCUACCACCUUCUACGGCGCGCACACAGAGCAGCUUCAAGACGCUAUGCAGACGAGCAUCGCCGGGCCCGCAGGUGAGCUGGAACUCAGCCUCACUCCGCAGCAACGUCUCGACAUUCGACAGAAUUCGGCGCCUGGUUUGAGCGAGGAGGAAGCCAUCGCCAUCUACCAAGCCAAGCGAGCACGCAGAAUCUUGGCGGACCUGCCACGGGUCGGCAACCUGCUCACCUUGGACCUGAAGUCCAAUGACAUCCGAGGCGGUGUGGUCUACCUUGCUCAGGUACUCAAGAAGAAUCGCACCUUACGCGUGCUCAACCUGAGCGACAACAAUAUCGAGAUGCCCGGCCUAGUGGCGGUUGCCGAGGCGCUCAAGUACAAUUCGACGCUCGAGACGCUCGACAUGAGUCACAACCCUUGCUCCGGUCCGGGGCUGGAGGGCAUCACGACGCUGCGCACUGCAUUUGCGCUCAACUCGAACCUCAAGCGGCUCUUCCUCAACGACACGGAUCUGUCUUCGGAGGCGGCUAUUGCUCUCGCCGAAUUCCUGCCGGAAGCACGCAGUCUGAUCCAUCUCGACUUGGCCGAGAACUUUGACAUCGAUAUCGCUGGCGUUAUGGCUCUGGCCGUGUCGUUGCGUAUGAACCGCAGCCUGCGAUGUUUGGACCUCAACAUCCCGCCGAACAAUCCAGACUUUGCUCGCCUGUCGCAAGAGAUCCUGCAGAGCUGUGUGCGCAAUACGGAGCUUGCACAGCAACGAGCCAAGCAGAAGGGACUGAAACAGCCGAUCGCCGCUCCGAUCUACAAGUCGGUCGUCGCGAGAGCAGCACGGGAAAACGACGAACGGUUAAAAGCUAUUGAAACAGCACGAGCUACCGCGGUUUCGGCAGCAGCUGCCAAAGACCGCGCUGCAGUCGAGAGUCUGCUGACCGCAUCCGCCGAGUGCCGCAACGUGCUGCGCGACCUGCUGGAGGGCGAGGAAAAGCGACAGCGCGAAGCACCCGAGCAAAAAGUCACACCCGCCGGCGAAUUCGUCGACGACCUCACCCAGCAGAGUGCCAAACUUCGACGCAGGCUCGCGGACCUAGCUUCGAGCGUGCAGGAGGAGAGCCUGCUGGAGCGCAUCUUGUCGGUGCACGACGAGCUGGGGGAUGUAUCAACGCGGUUGGAGCGCUUCUACAAGUAUGGCUCGACUCCCGUGAUCGAUGUAAGGGCUUCGGAGGCGAGUGGGCAGCCCGCAGGGGCAGGGGUAGCCGACGGGACAGGUUCCGGACUGCCGUCGAUGCUCCACCUUUCGACGCCGGAUCAGAGCGGGGUUGACUCGGGACUUUCUUCGCCUGCGUUUUCGAUUGCGGACUCGGACGAGUCGGAUUCGGACGACAAUGCAGAGACGACGCAGGGAAAGAAACGACGCAGCAAAUCGAGCUCGAGCACGGCGGCAUCGACAUCGGUGGCCGGCAGGGCGGAAGCGGCGAUAUCAGACUUGAUGGGAGGAUUGCGGAUCCAGACGGGCGAGGCGGAGGGUAUGGCGGCUGACCGCGAGGAUCCGGCAGAGAUGGAGGGUAUGGCGGCUGACCGCGAGGAUCCGGCAGAGAUGGAGGGCAGACUGCCACCCCGGUCGCCCACGGAAAACUUGGCCAAGGGGCAGCUGAGCGAGGAAGGCGAGCUGUUUAGAAAAGCGAGGAUUUUGGGGCUCGACGGGCGGGAUAGCGAAGAUGACGACGAUGAGGAUGAGGCGGGGCAGCAGUCGAGUGACGCCAACCACGCGGUGCAGAGUGGCGGUCGCACCGCGGCGACACAAGUCGUGGGCCCGAGCGAGACGAGUGGCGACGCUGAUGGCAACGCACCCGUCACCCCCGCCGCUCCGCAGUCAUCGAUCGACGCCAGCUCGUCGUCAUCGUCAACGCCGAGUCCAUCCGCCGACGCGCCGGAAGCAACCUCGACGCUCCAAGCCGCGGUGCACGACGCCGAGCUGAGCGGCGAACAACUGCGCAAGGAUCUGCUCAAGGCCGACGUGCCGCCCAAGAGCGGUGGCAAGCAGGAGGUGGCCGAGUAG